GUUCUUUCGUCUCUAAGAUCAGCGACGCAACUCUGUCAGGGGAUGUGGAGACGGCCGAUGUCUGAGGACUGAGUGCCGUGGGAUCCCACCAUGUUGUCCUCCGCAGCUGGUACCCAGCCUUCGGAAGCCAACUUCCUGGCACGCUGGAUGCCUAGCAGGCAUCGGGCCGGUGUGAUUCUGAACCCUUGCGUGGACCUCACCAGCUCCCUGAGGGACAGCUGGGCUCCUCAAGACUUCAGCGACUCUCUGGCAUCUCAGUUCGCACCUCUCCCUGCCUCACGCAGCAGCACCAACAUCAGCGUUGAUUCACUGAGUCUCGUGGAGACGGGUCUGCUGAAUCAGCCACAGGAAAGCGGCAGCGCCGUUGCUCUGCAAAAAGUGUCUGGGGUCAGAAAGCGCGAGCAGGACAUAGAUGAGUCUAAGUUGAAAACAAAUGGUCGUCCGCUUGCUGAGAAACUCCAAGUGCUGAUGGAGUGGCAGCAGAGCAUGCAGGAGCAGCUGAAUGGCCACCAGACAGAAGAGCUCCGCCGCCUCCUGCAGGAGCAGCAGAAUCUCCUGCACAUGGUUGUCCAGGAAGGCGGUGCAGAUUAUGCAGAAAGGAGCCACAGUGGCGAUAAGUCCUGGGAGGACUCUUUACUCUCUCAGAGGGGUGCAUCAGCUAGCCCUUUGCCCAAGUCAGAUUCCUCUCUGUUGCCUUCAUCUGGCCCCCAGCUGUGUCCCAUGUCACCGCACCAGCUGACUUGUAUAAAUCGCUUUGAAAAGACAUCCCCGGGUAAAGCAGGACACCUCACCCCUCAUCCACACAGCAGCGAAGACGAGGAUUCUAGUAAGACUGCAGGAACAGGAGCAGUGUCUUGGAGAGAGAGGCAUAGCUUUGACCAAGACAAUGACAGCAACGAAGGCUGUGAGGAGUCUGGACCCUUGGAGAAUAGUGUCCAGUUAUGUAGCACAGACACAGAGGAGAAACCACGAGAACUUGCGCAUUCAGACGACAGGCCCAUCAAGCCUGGGGUUGGAGGGAGGAAGAAGACCUUUGAGGAGCUGCUGGAGGAGCAGCUGAGGCUGGAGGAGCAGAGACUGAGAACUAUCCAACAGCAGCAGAGUGCGACUGAGGAGGUUAAACAAAACCCCAAACGAAGCUUUCUGAAGCGUGGAGAAGGUCUUUCUCGGUUCACCAGGGGGAAAGCUGCCCCCCUAAAGAAAAAAACCUCUGCAGCACCACCCAAAACCAGUUCAGGUGGUACCCCUGAACCCUGCAGCAGUCCCCGUUGGCCCCCCAUCCAACGCAAGACUACCAGUCUGAACAAGGAGAACCACCCUGAACAGCUUCCCAGGAAUUCUGAAAACAAGGGCCUGGUUUUCCCCCAGUCACGACCUAAGGCUCUUGGCAGUCAUCAGAGGCAGAACAUGGCCAUUUCUGAGUCUCGGAGAGCCAAGAGUGACCACAUACAACUGCAACUGCAGCUGCCAAAGCUCCAAGCCGCCACCCGCCCGCAUUCCAGAAGGCCAGAUCCAACAUCCCUCCCUGUGAUGGCAGCAAAGGUGGCUGACGUGGACCAGCCAAACAGGGUCCAAGCACUGCCCCCGCAGGAGAGACCCUUGCCGGUGGCACUACAGCCCCAGCCGGAGUACUCCUUCGAGCUGUCCUUCCAGGAGAAGCUGGAGUGCUGGGACGCAGAGAGGAUGAAGGAGAGCAUGGAGCUGGGGGAGUUUGAGCUGCUGGAACAGGCUGCCGAGGAGCUGUCCUUCUCCAGCAACUCGUCCUUCAUCAUGCAAGUGCUGCAGCUUGACCGCCAAACCAACAGGGGGCACCAGCACUUCCGACGGCUUUCCUCCACCCCCAUCAAAAGUACGGGAAGUCCCCAGCUUGCUGAAGCAAAGAGUAGGGUUCCAGUCAGCACCAAGGACAGAGGUCUUCAACCAGGAUGUGGGGAGAAGGUGAGUAGAAUUGGUGGGACCGAUGAACGUGGAGUGCUGGAGACGGACGACGAGGACGCCACCGAUGCCUCCUGUCGAAGCAGUGUGGUUUUUGGAGACCCAGACAACGUAACACAACAGCAGGAAGAUCUUCCUUCAGGAGUGGUAUUGUCCAGCAACCCCUGCUUCGGCGUGACCUCUAGUACCCCAUAUGACAAGACAUCCUACCAAGGAGGAGGCAGCAGUGGGGGCUUGACCUCAGGACAGGAGCACAACAGCAGGGGCAACGAAUCAACUUUGGUAGAGGAAAGACACGGAAACGAUGAGGAGCGCUUUGUCUUUGACGAUGACGACACGUGGAACGACGUGGAGGAACCCGAAGACACGGAGGAGGAAGAGGAGGACGGCGAUGGUAACGACCCAGAGGAAAGAUGCAUCUCUGACCCCAGUGCCUGGAGUGACAUUCCAUCGGUGUUGAAGAGGAAAGUGGCUACUGUGAAGGGGGUGGAGCAGGAAUCACGAGGUUUCAAGGUGGUAGAGCAGGAAUUACAUGAUGAUAAACUGGACCAUGGUCUGGAACCUCCACCAACCUCCCAGCUGGUGGCCAAGCUGUUCCCGUCCCUAAAGCCCAAGGCUGUGUGCUCUGUACCUGCGGCGGAACCCCCGAGGACAGCAGCAGAGCCCGAAGCAGGACCCCAUCCUCUGUCCAAGCAGCUGAGGGAACGGCUUGUGGAGCUGGAGGGGGAGAUCGAACGGUUCAGAUUGGAGAACGCUGCUCUCGCUCGCCUCACGCAGGAGAGGGAGACGGGCCUGGAGGCACUCAGGAAGGAGAUGGCAGACUUUGAGAAGAGGAAGGAGGAGGAGCUGGCCAAGCUGGAGGAGUUUCGGAAGGAGGAGACCCGGAAGCUGCAGCGGGAGCGCAAGGUGUUUGAGAUGCACGCCUCCGCUGCCCGGGCCCUGCCGGACAAAAAGGAGCGCGAGGAAAUCCAGGCUCUUAAGCAGCAGCUUAGCUCCCUGCAGGAGGAGCUCCGGCGCCGGGAAGCCCGCUGGUCCAACACCUACAGCCGCCUCCGGCAACAGCUGGAUGCCCUAAGCGCUGAGAACGGAGCCCUGCGCGACGAGGUCCGGGUUCUGGAGAAGCUGCGAGUGGCAGCUUGGAAGAAGGCAGAGUCCGAGAAGGAGGCGGAGAAAGGUCCCAUGUCGACCCAGGGUGCCAAGAAGUUCGGUACCACAAGGUCCAAAUCUGUGAGUCCAACGGGAGCCAUGAGGACAAGUCCAGCACUGCCUGUGUCCAAUAGGAGGGGCUCCCCUGAGAGCAGCCAGCCUGGCAGAAGUAAAACCAACGCAAAGACCCUCCUGGUUCCCACCCCUGCCCCUCAGGCCACAGGUCGACAGGUAUCUGAGCCCCUGGGGGCGAAUGCCACCCCGAGUCCAGAGAUGCCCACCGCCCUCCCAUCAGAAACUGGCGAGCUGCAGGCUGUUGAGUUGUGUGAUGUGAAGGACGAGGAGAAGUUGCACCAGGGUGAGAAGGGGAGCCAGGAGGAGGUCAUCCACCCAGAUGGAAAGAUCGAGACGGUGCUCCCCUCAGGAGGUCGGCUCAUCGUCUUCCCCAACGGAACUCGCAAGGAGGUGUCAGCUGACGGGCAGACGGUGAAUAUCACGUUCUUUAACGGCGAUGUCAAGCAGAUCAUGGCUGACCAGCGAGUGAUUUACUACUACGCUGACGCCCAGACCACUCACACCACGUAUCCGGAUGGCAUCGAGGUUCUGCAGUUCCCCAACAACCAGAUCGAAAAGCAUUUCCCAGACGGCCGGAAAGAGAUCACAUUCCCUGACCAGACGGUGAAAAAUCUAUUUCCUGAUGGGAAGGAGGAGAGUAUAUUUCCUGAUGGAACCAUCAUGGAAGUGCAGCCGGACGGGUCCAAGGUGAUCAGGUUCAACAACGGUCAGCGGGAGGUUCAUACGGCCACGUUCAAGAGACGCGAGUACCCAGACGGUACAGCUAAAACCAUCUACUCUGAUGGUCGUCAGGAAACAAGGUACCCCACAGGCAGAGUGCGCAUCAAGGACAAGGACGGGCACGUCAUCGUGGACGCGAGGAACUAGCACUCUGCAAUGGCCAUUGCCGGAGGUGUUGGUCCCAGGAGCCUCCCGUGUGCCUUUUAAUGUA